AGCCGAGCGGCUUGUCCGGCAGUCUGGUCUGAGCUGUCGCAUCCCGGAGUCCAUCUCAUCUCCGCUACCCCGGCCCGAGCUCAUCCUCGCUUCCGAAGCUCUCGCGCGCCCGACAGCUCGGCCCUCGCCCGUGACCAACAUCAUGUGCGGUAUAUUUGCUUAUUUAAAUUACCAUGUUCCUCGAACAAGACGAGAAAUCUUGGAGACACUAAUCAAAGGCCUUCAGAGACUGGAGUACAGAGGAUAUGAUUCUGCUGGUGUGGGGCUUGAUGGAGGCAAUGACAAAGACUGGGAAGCCAAUGCCUGCAAAAUCCAGCUCAUUAAGAAGAAAGGAAAAGUCAAGGCACUGGAUGAAGAAGUUCACAAACAACAAGACAUGGACUUGGAUAUAGAAUUUGAUGUGCAUCUUGGAAUAGCUCAUACCCGUUGGGCAACACAUGGAGAACCUAAUCCUGUCAAUAGUCACCCCCAGCGCUCUGAUAAAAAUAAUGAAUUCAUUGUUAUUCAUAAUGGAAUCAUCACCAACUACAAAGACUUGAAAAAGUUUCUGGAAAGCAAAGGCUAUGACUUUGAGUCGGAAACAGACACAGAAACCAUUGCCAAGCUCGUCAAGUACAUGUAUGACAACUGGGAAAGUCAGGACGUCAGUUUUACUACCUUGGUGGAGAGAGUUAUCCAACAAUUGGAAGGCGCCUUUGCUCUUGUGUUUAAAAGUGUCCAUUUUCCCGGGCAAGCAGUUGGCACAAGGCGAGGUAGCCCUCUCUUGAUUGGUGUGCGUAGUGAACAUAAGCUUUCUACAGAUCACAUUCCGAUUCUGUAUAGAACAGGCAAAGACAAGAAAGGAAGCUGCGGUCUUUCCCGUGUGGACAGCACCACAUGCCUUUUCCCUGUUGAGGAAAAGGCCGUUGAAUAUUACUUUGCUUCUGAUGCAAGUGCUGUGAUAGAGCACACCAAUCGUGUCAUCUUUCUGGAAGAUGAUGAUGUUGCAGCAGUGGUGGAUGGCCGUCUGUCUAUCCACCGAAUUAAACGAACUGCAGGAGACCAUCCUGGCCGAGCUGUGCAAACUCUGCAGAUGGAACUCCAGCAGAUCAUGAAGGGCAACUUUAGUUCAUUUAUGCAGAAGGAAAUUUUUGAGCAGCCAGAAUCCGUUGUGAACACAAUGAGAGGAAGAGUCAAUUUUGAUGACUACACUGUGAAUUUGGGAGGUUUGAAAGAUCACAUUAAGGAGAUCCAGCGGUGUCGGCGGUUGAUUCUUAUUGCUUGUGGCACAAGUUACCACGCUGGUAUGGCAACCCGUCAGGUCCUGGAGGAGCUGACAGAGUUGCCAGUGAUGGUGGAGCUUGCCAGUGACUUCUUGGAUAGAAACACUCCAGUCUUUCGAGAUGAUGUUUGCUUCUUUAUUAGUCAAUCAGGCGAGACAGCUGACACCCUGAUGGCUCUUCGUUACUGUAAGGAGAGAGGAGCCUUAACUGUGGGGAUCACAAAUACAGUCGGCAGUUCUAUAUCCAGGGAGACAGAUUGUGGGGUGCAUAUUAAUGCUGGUCCUGAGGUUGGUGUGGCCAGUACAAAGGCUUACACCAGCCAGUUUGUGUCCCUUGUGAUGUUUGCCCUCAUGAUGUGUGAUGACAGGAUUUCCAUGCAGGAGAGACGCAAAGAGAUCCUUCUUGGGCUGAAGCGGCUGCCAGACUUGAUUAAGGAAGUGCUGAGCAUGGAUGAUGAAAUCCAGAAGCUGGCGACGGAGCUUUACCACCAGAAGUCGGUCCUGAUAAUGGGACGGGGCUACCAUUAUGCUACAUGCCUUGAAGGAGCCCUGAAAAUCAAGGAGAUUACUUACAUGCACUCUGAGGGCAUCCUUGCUGGCGAGCUGAAGCACGGCCCUCUGGCCUUGGUGGACAAGCUGAUGCCCGUUAUCAUGAUCAUCAUGCGAGACCACACUUACGCCAAGUGCCAGAAUGCUUUUCAGCAAGUGAUUGCACGGCAGGGGCGUCCAGUCGUGAUCUGUGAUAAAGAGGAUACUGAGACCAUUAAGAAUACAAAAAGGACAAUCAAGGUGCCCCACUCAGUGGACUGCUUGCAGGGCAUUCUCAGUGUGAUCCCCUUACAGUUGCUGGCUUUCCAUCUGGCUGUGCUGAGAGGCUAUGAUGUUGAUUUCCCACGGAAUCUUGCCAAAUCUGUAACAGUAGAGUAAAAGACACCUGAAACUUAAGACAGUUAAGCAACACAAGAUACCUUUUGUAUUUAAAUUUUUGAUUUAAAAUACUGCCUCCUGAAAGCCUUUUUUAGUAAAUCUUAUUUAU